UCAUUUGUCAGUUUGUCAUCUUGUCGCGAAAGGCAAAAUUUAUGCAGCAGCAGUCAGCUGCAGCUUUAUUCUCACUUGUCGGGACUCGCGGUAGCCGGCAUCUUUAGAAAGGCAGUGAGUCUUUGUGUACGAGAAAACGCGCGAGCCGGUAAAUUUAGAACUACUGCGUAUUGUGAUUUUAAUACAAUGGCACCGAGAACAGUGAAGAAAACAGCAGUUGCGAAAGAGGUUGAUGAAGAUAAACCUAAAGAGACGAGACCUAAGAGAAAUAAGCCAAGUAACCUAAUUAAUAAGGAGACUGAAAAUGAUCCAAUCGAAAAAAAUAUUGAAGUAAAGCCUAAGGGCCGUGGUAGGGGUCGCAAAGCUCAACUUAAACCUAAUGAAGAAAUAAGUGAUCCUUUGGAGGAUGUCAAAAUGGAGCCUAUUGAACCACCAGUUUCAAGUAAAAGAAAGGCUGUAAAAACAGUAAAAGAUGAUAAAGAAAAGCCUUCUAAGAAGAAGGCAAAGGCUUCAAAUAAAGCAGUUAAGAAUGCUGACAUAGAACCAAAUGAAGAAGCAGAAGAUGUUGAAGAAAAACAUGCCCCUGGAAAGGAGAAUGAUGACACUGAAGAGAAUCAAAACUCAAUUGAAAAAGUUCCUGUGCCUAAUAAGAAAAAUACUGAAAAUGUUACUAAAAAGGCCAGGAAGGGUGGAAAGAAAGCUCAAGCCAAAGUAGAAAAUAAUGGAGAUGUUGAGGAUGAAAAUGCUAAAGGAGACACUAAAGUUGAAGAAGAAAUGGAGGAAGAAGUAGAAGAAGCUAAGCCAGUAAAAUCCAAGAGAGGACAAAAGAAAGUAGUUGAAAAGCCUUCACAGCCUCAAGAAGAAGUCACUGAUACAGUUAUCCCAUCAGGCAAGCGCAGGCGUAAGGUUGCUGAUGAUAAUGGUAAAUAAAUAAUAGAAAUGGAAUUCAUUCAUAUUGAUUUAUAUUAUUUUGUGUUCAUCUAUUAAUAUUAAUAAAGUUUUCCAAUAUUUUA